GCGACAGUUGUCUUGUCAAAUCCCUAAUGCACGCUCGUGUUGAAAAUUUUCAAUUCUGCAAUAUUUUACAAUGGAAUUUAAAUUAAUAACAAAUUUUACUUUAAAUUCAUAUUUCGAAUUCACUCUCUUUAUAUGUAUAAAAUCAAUACCUGUAACUACAUAUCUAACAAUUAGUUGAACGAAAUACUCGAAAUCAAACUACUUAGGUAUCAUAACUGAUAUCUUGAAAAAAUUUCAUCAUAUCACUGAGAAAACUUAAUCAAAUAUUUCGAAACAAUAUAAUAACUUUUCAUUUAAAUUCAUAGUUCAUAUAGGAUUUUAUUUCUUCAAGUGCCAUAAGUUGAUCCCACUGUGGAAAUGUUGGGUUUGUUAUUUUUUGUUUAUUCACUCCUGGCCUCAUGUUCCCCAUGUCCGCCCCCCAGUUCAAUUUCAGAAACGAAAGAUGCAGUUGACAGUUAUAAAACAUUGUAUCUAGAAGAAAGAAAAAAAUCAGAUGAAUAUCUAAAUCGCAUCAUAAACGCUGAACAAGAACGGGAUGCGAUGAAGGGUAUACUGAGUACUAUGGGUGGACGCAGAAUGGUACAAACGUUUUUUUCGAUACAUGUAAAACCAUACGCAGUGGUCAAAAAUCCGGGUACUUCAUAUACAUGUGCAGAAGUUGGAACAGCAUAUGAAAAAUUUCUAGAAGAUGAAAACAAUCCAGUCACCAUCGCAUUAUUGGGACAAUUUCCGAAUGAGUCAGCACAAAAUAUCGCGUUGCAAUACCACAAGUUGUAUGGCAAAAUAAGUUGGUACGAUCGCUUCUUGUAUGAAGCUCUUUUGAAAACAUCGGCUAUCGAGCAGUUCAUUGCUUUCAUUCUGUCAUUACCGGCUUCGCUGCUACCUACAGAGAAAGAUUGUUUGGAAAAGAUGGUGAAAGUAUUCGUCGACUUCGAGGAGGACGACUCCGACAUGAGCUAGUCAAUUUAUGUAUAUCUUCCGGAUAAUAUUUUCUAGCCCAAACCCAAUAAUCCUACGCUAAUUAAAUAAUCCAAGACUAAAA